AUCGGACAGUAUUUUUUUAUUGGUAAAUCCGCGGUUACACUGAUAACCGCAUUUGUUUAUAAAAAAUGCUAUAAAUUAUUUAUAAAAGUAGGAGCACAUAAACAAACCUCCCCGCAAUGGUGCGGAUAACGUGGCGUGGCAACUCCACGCAGGAGCUGCUCUCGUCGUGUCGGCUGCGUUGGUCCUACAUGAAGCACUGCUGGCACUCGCUCACAUUCAAUGCCCAUAUGAACAGCUCCUAUGCCUCGGAUGUGUGCAUGACACCCAUCUUUUGGGUUGUGGACAACUACACCCACUGCCUGGGACCGUUCUUUGUGAUCGGAGUAGCUUGUCUGACCACUGCCGUCGUCAGCAUUGCCUAUUGGAUUGGGUUCCCCUUUUGGUUGGCCAAGGGCCAGUUGGCCUUGGCAUUUGUUCUAAUCGUCGGCAAUUGGCUACUCUUGAAUGUCAUAUUCCACUAUGUGAUGGCUGUGAUCACACCGCCAGGCCAUCCGCCUGAGGGUGUAUUGCUGGUGGAGGCAGUCACCAUGUGUGGCAAGUGUGUGACUCCCAAACCGCCACGGACCCAUCAUUGUUCGGUGUGCAAUCGCUGUGUGCUGAAAAUGGAUCACCACUGCCCUUGGCUAAACAACUGUGUGGGUUAUGGAAAUCAUCGCUACUUCUUCCUCUAUAUGCUUUACACCACGUUGGGUUGCCUAUUUCUCAUUUUGUUCGGCCUGGAGAUUGGGUACAAGUACCUUUGGCUUGAUCACGGGGAAAAUUGGACAGAGCUCGAGCCCCUAGUGGGGCAGCCAGUGAAGUUUAACCUCAGUGGACACAUUAUUCCAGUGACACAUCCCCAUGAGUACGAUGAGUUUGAUCUGCCACCAGCCGUACACAAUCUGCCCACGCCUGUCCUGGACACAGAUGCCCCAUCGCCUGGCCGGCGAAAGGCCCUGUGGUUCAUGGCCUUCACCAAUGUGGCCGUGGUGAUAGCCUUGGGCACUCUGUGCGCCUGGCAUGCGAAAUUAAUCACCCGCGGCGAGACAAGCGUGGAGUCGCACAUCAACGAGGCUGAACGCAAACGCUUCCUCAAAGAGCAACGCAUUUACAUAAAUCCGUACAAUUUCGGAGCCAAAAAGAACUGGAAAAUAUUCCUGGGCCUUGUGCGUGGCAGAUCCUUUUGGCGCACAGUUCUGUUGCCCUCGUGGCACAAGCCCGAGGGCAAUGGCCUCAGCUUUCACACUGUCCACGAUGCCUCCUUCGUGGAUGAGUGGCCGUAGUGUCCGUAGGGACUUUUGUGAUUU